AUGGUCCCCAAUCGCAGGGGCCGGUCAUUGACCACCGCACUUUUCCUCCUAAUCCUAGGAUAUUUCUUAUUACUUCAACUACCCUUCAGCUGUUCACCCUGGGGUUACCACCGAAAACCAACCGCAGUUAUAAAUGAAAAUAUUCGACCGGACAAUAUUCAUUUAAAAAACGCCCACAAGAUACACCCCAUUCUAGAAUAUAUCCCCUUGCCAACUAAUCCAACACCGCUUCCACGGAUUCAACACGAAUUCGAGCCAGAGGGCUGGUCAGAGCGCAGGACAAGACUUCAGAGACAAAAAGCUGUCAAGAAAUCAUUUCUCCACUCUUGGAAUGGCUAUAAAAACCAUGCUUGGCUACGAGACGAGGUCUCGCCCGUGACCGGGAAAUAUGAAGACUCCUUCAGCGGCUGGGGCGCUACCCUGGUCGACUCAUUGGAUACUCUAAUUAUAAUGGGACUCGAUGAUGAAUUGAAGCUUGCCCUGGAGGCGCUCAAGCAGAUCGACUUCUCCACAACGUUCAGCAAAGAAGUCAAUGUUUUCGAAAUCGUGAUCAGAUACAUGGGCGGAUUGAUCGCAGCCCACGAUCUGACAAACGGAACUCACCCGAUCCUCCUAAAGAAAGCAGAGGAACUCGGUCAAAUGAUCUUCUAUGCCUUCGAUACAAACAACCACAUGCCGCAGAUGCGCUGGAAAUGGGGCCGGUCCGCCAUUGGCCAGGAGAUCGAGGCAAACACCCACACCAGCUUGGCAGAGCUAGGCUCUCUGACCGUCGAAUUCACCCGUCUAACCCAAUUAACCGGCAACCCGAUGUACUACGACGCCGUGCAGCGCAUCACCAACGAGCUAGACAAAGUCCAAAUGCACACCAAAGCCCCAGGUCUCUGGCCCAACUUCAUCGACGCAUUACGCCUUGACUUCAACGGCUCCGAGUUCUCUCUUGGUGGCGGCGCCGAUUCAACGUACGAAUACCUGCCCAAGGAACACAUUCUCCUGGGCGGCCAGACAGACCAGUACAAGAAGAUGUGGGAGCGGUCUCUGGCCGCCAUCAAAAAGAACCUGCUUUUCCGCGCCGUGACCAAGGAAGAAGACAAGCAGAUUCUCUUCACCUCCAACUUGCGAAUCACAGAAGGUGGAAUAAGCCACAUCCAGCACACCUCAGACCAUUUGAAGUGCUUCAUCGGCGGCACAGUAGGCAUCGCCGCCAAAAUCUUCAACCGUCCUCAAGAUCUAUCCAUCGCGCAGGGACUCACAGACGCAUGCAUCUGGGCAUACGACUCGAUGCCAACGGGCGUCAUGCCCGAAUCCUUCCAGUUCACGCCCUGCACCGACCUGGAGGAUUGCGCAUGGGACGAGAACCAGUGGUACGAGUCUGUGCUCGGACAACCUGUCCAACUUCAACAGCAGCGCAGAGAAGCGCAGAAGAUCGUCGCCGCGGAGGUGAUCCCGCCGGGAAUGGUCGGGACCAAAGAUUCUUCGUACAAGCUCAGACCCGAGGCUGUUGAGUCUGUCUUCAUCAUGUACCGCAUCACUGGCGACAAGUCGCUUCAAGAUGCGGCUUGGCGCAUGUUCCAGAACAUCGAGAAGAUGACGCAUACGAAUUUCGGUCACUCGGCUGUUGACGAUGUCCGUGAUCUGUCUACGAGAAAGGCUGAUAAGAUGGAAAGUUACUGGCUCGCCGAGACGCUCAAGUAUUUGUACCUUAUCUUUUCGGAGCCUGACCAUGUCAGCUUGGAUGAGUAUGUCUUGAGCACCGAAGCCCACCCUUUCAAGCGACCCUCGGGCUUCGUUUAA